AUGGGGUCCAUGUUAUCUCGUCCUCGGUCUAAUCGCGAUAUCACAAUAGCAGUGAGGGCUUCUCGAAAUCUUGAAUUGCAAGAUGUAGGGUCACUCAAUGCAGCUUCCGAGUCGGGUCAUGCAUCUAUGCCUACAUCCUCAGCCUCGUCAAUCUCGACCUCAACUGCGACACACACACAGACACCAAAAUCAACAGCAUUUACAAACGAAACCAAUCAACAACCUUCAAAAAUAUCACCAAAAGAACAGUUCCCCCAAAUACGGAUAUAUCGUAUCAAGUCCAAAUCCAAAAGCAAGAACAAGACGAAGACCAACCCCAAAUCAAACCUAUCCAACAUCGGGGUUUUACUCAUAGUGAUGCCACCCAUGGUCCGAAUCCACGGCUGGACACGGGAUUCCCUACUCGUCGGCGAACUUCCACGCCUGAAAGGGUUCAGCUUCAGAUCCGAGAAGGAGCUGGAUUACGGAUUGCUCUCUGCCAGCGAGGCAUUGGAUUCAGUUAUUUCCCAACUCGACACGGUCAUUGGUUUUGAGCGGUUAUUCUCGUGGAGAUUAUGA